AUGAAUAUGGAAAACAGUAGUGAUAAUUAUAACAUACUUUCUUUAAUGAGGAACUAUACAAAAAGUUGUCACUUUUGGGAUUACGAUGACGUCACGCCGUGUGGUAGGGCCUAUGUUAUAAAUUAUAUGGUGCCCUUAUACUUAAGUGCAGUUUUAAUAAUUAUUAUUGCUUAUAAUAUUUUGUCUAACUAUUAUCAGUUCAAUGUAUUAAAAGUUAAAAAGAAAAAUCCAAUUGAUGAAAUACUAUCUUUGUCUCAUCAUGAUACAAUUAACAUAAAUGACCCAGAAUCACAAAGUUUAUUAUCACUGACUAAUCAUAACAUUAAUAAUCAUAAUUAUUCUUAUACUGAAAAUAACAAUAAUAUUAAUGAUAACAAUAAUGAACAAUCUUUAACUGAUCGUCAUUUUUCUAUAGAAAACUUGAAAUUAAUAAAAUUGAAUGGUGAGCCACAUGGUAAAGUUACUAUUGUUAGUCGUGGCCCAAUGGAAAAAAUGGGGUUGGUUUUAGAGUGUAUCUUGGUUUUAUCACAAUUAUUGUUCCAUUUAGUCAUUUUAUUGAAGUCUUCUUCAUAUCAAGAUCUAAUAGACUUCAAUUAUGGUAGUAUUAAGAAUCAGAAUUUGAUAAAUGUAAUCCUUUGGUCUAUUUUAUUCAGUUUAAUAACUAUGAGAUGUUUUAAUGCUAACCAAAAUAAGUGGUUUAUCAAUAAAUAUAUGGGUAAUAUUUGGAGCUUAUCAUUCCUUUCAUAUUUGAUCGGUUUCACUUUUAAUAUAUUCCCAUUCCGUUCAAUUCUUAUUGGUCAUAUUAAAUCUCCACUAAUCAAAAAUUACUAUACUAUUCAAUUUUGGAUCGAUUUGAUACUAGUAUUAUUGUUACUAUUUUCUCCCAUUAAAAAUGAUUUCGGAGUUCUGUAUCAAACUGAAGAAGAUAUUAUACCAUCUCCUGAAUCUACCACCUCUAUUGCUUCCUUUGUGUGUUGGUCGUGGCUGGAUAAGUUCGUCUGGGUAGCAAACAAUCAUUAUAUUACAAUGAAAGAUGUUUGGGGUUUGAAACUAGAAGAUUACUCGAUCUUUGUUAACAAAAAUUUUAAAAAUUAUUGUAAAAAAUUUGCCCCAACUGGUAAAAAAAGAAGUUUUACUUUCAAAUUAUUAUCUUUCUUCUCUGAUUAUUUCUUAUUACAAGGUGUAUGGGCCUUGCUCGCAAGUAUUAUCUCUUUUAUACCAACCAUCCUUCUGAAAAGAAUCUUGGAAUAUGUUGAGGACCAAUCUUCGGCUCCAAGGAACCUUGCCUGGCUUUAUGUCAUUCUAAUGUUUGUUUGUAAAAUCUUUGUAGCAAUUGCUAACGGUCAGGCUUUAUUUUUAGGUAGAAGAGUCUGUAUUAGAAUGAAGAGUAUUAUUAUAUCUGAAAUUUAUUCAAAGGCUUUAAGAAGAAAAAUUUCUACUACAAGUAAAAAAGAACAGGAUCAAAACGCUGAUGAAAAUACUGGAGUUACUGUUGUUGAGGAAGAUCCACAAAAAAGAAAUCAAAAGGAUCAUUUUGAUGGUGAUGAGGAAUCCUCUUCCAAGGCUCAAUUGGGUACUAUUAUCAAUUUGAUGGCUAUUGAUGCGUUUAAAAUCUCAGAAAUUUGUGGUUAUCUACAUUCUUUUGUGGAAGCCGUAGUGAUGACAAUAAUUGCAUUGACUUUGUUAUACAAUCUAAUUGGACUCUCUGCAAUCAUUGGAACAAUAGUUAUCUUAAUUAUGGUUCCAAUCAAUUUCAAAUUGGCUAUUAUCAUCGGUGAUUUACAAAAGAAGACUUUAGCUGUCACAGAUAAACGUAUACAAAAAUUGAAUGAAGCAUUUCAAGCAAUUAGGAUUAUUAAAUUUUUUUCGUGGGAAGAUAAUUUUGAGAAGGAGAUCAAUGAAAUUAGAGAUAAAGAAUUAAAAUAUUUGAUCAAAAGAACUAUUUAUUGGGGUGCAGGUGGCUUUGUUUGGUUUAUCACUCCAACUCUUGUUACUACAGCUGCCUUCUCUUACUAUAUUUAUGUUCAGAAGAUGCCAUUGACUACUCCAAUCGCAUUCACAGCUUUAUCUUUAUUUGCUUUGUUAAGGGAUCCAUUAGAUAGGUUAUCUGAUAUGUUAAGUUUUGUUAUUCAAUCUAAAAUUUCUUUAGAUAGAGUAGCUGAAUUCUUAGAAGAAAUGGAUACAGAAAAAUAUCAACAGUUAACUAUUGCUCCAAGAGGGAAUAAACUAGCUUUUGAAAACACUACUGUUGCAUGGGAUGAUAAAGAAUCAACAUUUAAAUUAAGAAAUUUAAAUAUUGAUUUUAAGAUCGGUAAAUUAAAUGUAGUCAUUGGUGCUACUGGCUCUGGUAAAACUUCAUUAUUAAUGGCUUUAUUAGGUGAGAUGCAUUUGUUAAAAGGUAAAAUUAUAGUGCCAUCUUUAGAAGCUAGACAAGCUUUAGUACCUGAUUCAGAUGGGCUUACCAACUCUAUCGCCUACUGUUCUCAAGCUGCUUGGUUACUAAAUGACACAGUUAGAAAUAAUAUUAUCUUCAAUCGUCCCUUUGAUAAGACCAGAUAUGAAGCUGUUAUUAAUGCAUGUGGGUUAGUUCGUGAUUUUAAAAUUUUGAAAGCUGGUGAUAAAACAGAAAUUGGUGAAAAGGGUAUUACAUUGUCUGGUGGACAAAAGCAAAGAAUCUCUUUGGCUAGGGCUCUAUAUUCUGAUGCAAAACAUGUUCUCUUAGAUGAUUGUUUAAGUGCCGUGGAUGCUCAUACAGCAUCUUGGAUAUAUGAGAAUUGUAUCAGUGGUCCAUUGAUGGAAAAUAGAACAUGUAUUUUGGUGUCUCAUAAUAUUGCAUUGACUUUGAAGAAUGCUGAUCUUGUUGUUCUCUUAGAGAAUGGUGAAGUCAAGGAACAGGGAACGCCAAUGGAAUUAUUAGAUAGAGGUGUGUUAGGAGAAGAUGAAUUAGUUAAAAGUAGCAUUUUAUCUAGAGCUGCAUCAUUAACUAGUAUUAGUAAUGAUGUUAACCAUCCUACACUCAAAAUAAAUACUUUAAUGGCAAAGAAAAUGGAUACUGAGACAGGUAAGAAAGAAAACACUGAGAGUACAGAAAGAACUAAAAUUAAUGAAGAUGAUGGUAAACUAAUUGAAGAAGAGACUAAGGCUGAAGGUAUUGUUAGUUUAGAUGUUUACAAAUGGUUUUUAGAUGCAUUUGGUGGGUUAAAAGUUGUUUCAUAUAUGUUAAUUCUUUUCUUUAUUCCAGAAAUUUUCCAGAUUGGUCAAUCAUGGUGGCUACGUAAAUGGGCUGCUAUUUUACCUAGUGAUAAUGUUGUAGCUUUUGUUAAGCAUAUUUUUGUUUCAAAAAAUCCAUUUAAUAUUAAAUUCUAUUCUAGUAUUCCAUCUAGUUCAAUUGAUACAACUAUUUUUAAUACUGCCCAAACUAAUUCCACGUCUGAUACCCAUGUUUUAAUUAAGAAUAAUCAUUCUACUAUGUAUUAUUUACUGAUUUAUUUGUUGUUUGGUGUUUCUCAAUCGUCUCUUGCUAUUUUUAAGCUAUUCCUUACCUAUUUAUAUGGUAUUUAUGCUUCCAGAGAUAUCUUUAAAAGAUUAUUGCAUACAGUUUUACGUGCGAAAUUAAGAUUUUUUGAUACCACACCUAUUGGUAGAAUCAUGAACCGUUUCUCCAAGGAUAUUGAGUCAACAGAUCAACAAUUAACACCUUAUUUGCAUGGUGCCAUUUGCACUUUAAUGGGUUGUGUUACAACAGUUAUGUUAAUUACAUUUAUUACACCACAAUUUAUUUCUAUUGCAAUUAUGGUAGGUAUCUUAUAUUACCUUGUUGGUUACUUUUACAUGGCAGGUUCCCGUGAAUUAAAGAGACUAGAUUCUACAACAAAGUCACCAAUUUAUCAGCAUUUCUCUGAGACUUUGGUUGGUGUUACUACUAUUCGAGCCUUUGGUGAUGAAAGUAGGUUUCUUCAAGAAAAUCUUCAAAAGAUAGAUGAAAAUAACAGACCAUUCUUUUACUUGUGGGUAGCAAAUCGUUGGCUAGCUUUCAGAAUUGAUAUUAUUGGAGCGUUAGUUGUAUUUGGUGCCGGUAUAUUUAUCCUUGCUGAUAUUAAGAACAUUGAUGCUGGUUUAGCAGGUAUCUCACUAACAUAUGCUAUUGCAUUUACUGAAGAUGCUCUUUGGUUGGUUAGGUUCUAUAGUGAAGUGGAAAUGAAUAUGAAUUCUGUUGAAAGAUUAAAGGAAUACAUGAAUGUGGACAAAGAAGAGUAUGUAGCGCAUCAAAAUAAAAUUAUUCAAACACCACCAAUUCAAUGGCCAAAUGAUGGUAAAAUAGAAGUCAAUAACUUAUCGUUGCGUUAUGCUCCGAAAUUGCCACGUGUUAUUAAGAAUGUUUCAUUUACUGUUGAUCCAGGAUCUAAAGUUGGGGUAGUUGGAAGGACUGGUGCUGGUAAAUCAACCAUCAUUACUGCACUGUUUAGAUUCCUUGAUCCUGAAACGGGAUAUAUUAAAAUUGAUAAUUAUGAUAUCACUUCUAUUGAUUUGACCAUGCUACGUCGUGCCAUUACUAUUAUUCCACAAGAUCCUACGUUAUUUGCAGGUACUAUAAAAAGCAAUUUAGAUCCAUAUGAUGAGUAUAGUGAUAAAGCUAUAUUUGCUGCGUUGAGACGUGUUAAUUUGGUUACGCCUGAAGAGUUGGAGCAAUAUUACACUGAAAACAGAAAUGGUAAUAAUAAUUAUGCCAAUGAUCAGACUUCCGUAGCUUCAGUUAAUGUUAACAGAUUCUUAGAUUUGUCUAAUGAAGUUACAGAAGGUGGUGGAAAUCUAUCUCAAGGUCAAAGACAAUUAAUGUGUCUUGCCCGUUCCUUAUUGCGUUCUCCAAAGAUUUUAUUAUUAGAUGAAGCUACAGCCUCUAUUGAUUAUGAUAGUGAUGCAAAGGUACAAGCUACCAUUAGACAAGAAUUUAACGAAAGUACUAUUCUUACAAUCGCACAUCGUCUACGAUCUGUUAUUGAUUAUGAUAAAAUUUUGGUGAUGGAUGCUGGUGAAGUAAAAGAGUAUGAUCAUCCAUAUUCCUUAUUGUUAAAUAAGGAAAGUUUAUUCUACAGUAUGUGUGAACGCAGUGGUGAAUUAGAUGCUCUGAUUGAAAUGGCCAAGAAUGCCUUUGUUCAAAAAUUGAAUAACAAUAACCGUUGA